AAGAGAAGAGAAGAAAAGAAAAGAAAAAAGAGAAAAACCUUCAACUGAGAGAUGAAUCAGAUGCUGAGUACUGUGGGAGCAAUGGCUGCCGUAGCCAAAGUAGCUUCGACGGCAUACUACUAUGCUGAGCAUUUUGGAGUGUUUAAUAGAGAAGCAAAAGGUGAGGCAGAAACAAGAUCAGUGGAAGUGGCGGAGAACCAGUCUGCUGAUGUUGGUUUCUUGUUGAGUAGAAUUCCGGUGUUCCAUGGGAGUGGAUAUGAGAUUUGGAGCAGCAUGAUGAAGACUUUGUUUGUGUCCCAAGAUCUUUGGGACAUGGUGGACGGGGGCUAUAUAGAAGAAGAGCUGACUGUUGAGGUUUUAAGAGAAGUUCAAAAGAGGGAUGCCACGGCUUUGCUUUUCAUCCAGCAAGCUAUUGAUAAAUCCGUUUUCUCUUGCAUUGCUGGUGCCAGCAAGUCAAAAGAAGCUUGGGAUGCACUGCAAAAGAAGUACCGAGGUGAUGCACAGGAACUGAAUCGACAGAAUUCUGUGGAUGAAUUGCUUUUGUCUUGCCCUGCUGAUGCAAUUGAAUGUAGAGAAGCUUGGAAUGUAGAAAUGGAAUCUCAAGGUUAUACAGAUGAACCAAAUCAAAAGAAGGCUGUGGAUGAAUUGGUUUUGUCUUAUGCUGCUGAUGCAAUUGAUCCAAAAGAUGCUGCUUGGGAUGCACCAGAACAGGGAUGUAAAGCUAAUACUAAGGUUGUGGAGGGUAACAUAAUUGGGAAAGAGUUUGGAGUUUUCAACAGCAAUUGUGACUUUAAAAUGAAUCAUUCUGAUAAUAGUGCUCCUGUGGCUGAAAGUGCUUUCCAUAGCAAGCUAAAGCCCUCUGAAGAUGGAAUUGGGAAAGAGUCUGGAGAUAUCAAAAACAACAAUUGUGGCUCUAAGAAAGGCUCUAGAGGAAUCUCCAAUCGUGGAGGUCAUGGAGGCCAAGAUGGUGAAUACUCUAACAACCAAGGAAGUCAUGGAGGCACAGCCAAUGGAGACUUUAACAACAGUCAGGGAAGUCGUGGAGGCCAAGGCCGUGGUCACAUUAACAACAACCGGGGAGGUCGUGGAGGCAAAGGCCGUGGGCACAUUGACAACAAACGGGGAGGUCAUCGAGGACACUCUAACAACAAUCAGGGAGAUUGCAGAGGCACUGGCAGUGGAUGCUCUAAGAACCAGGGAGGUCUAAGAUGCUUUAACAGCAACAAGGGCCAUAGUGGAGGGAUAGACAAUGGACAUUUUAACAACGGUUCUGAAGCUGCUGAUUAUAAUAGUAAGAAUGCAAAAUCUGAAUCGGCUUCUUCCUGCACUACUAAUGCAACUGAAACAAAAGAAGCUUUGGAUGCACAUGCACUACAACAAGGACUCCAAGCUAAUACUGAGGUUCAUGCUCAGCCUCAAGCUGGGAAUCCCAAUGGUGGAGAGGGCCAGUCCCUGACAACUCUUCUAGUAAGUGAUCUCGAUGUGAGCGUCACGGAUCUGCAGCUGUUGGGCAUCUUCAUCUGCUACGGGCAAGUAGUCUCAUCCGGUGUUUUCAGGGACAUUGCUACCCACUGCUCUCUUGGUUAUGGUUAUGUGACCUAUGGCAACCCUCAAGAUGCUGAUAGAGCGUUGAAGGAGCUGAACCUCACUCCUUUGAAUGGAAAGCCCAUACAAAUAAUGUAUUUCCAACAAGACUCCACUAAACACGAGAGUGGAGGCUUUAACAGCAAGAAGAGCGAUUAUGGAGGCAUUAACAACCAGGGUGGUCGUGUAGGCACAGAUGGUGGAUGCUUUAAUAACAAGGAUUCUAAGCUUAGUGGUUAUAAUAGUAAGAAUCCCAAUUUUGAAUCAGUUUCUUCUUGCAGUACUAAUGCAACUGAAUCAAGAGACGCUUCAGAUGCACCACAACAGGGACACCAAGCUAAUACUCAGGUUAAGGCUCAGCCUCAAGUUGGGAAUCCCAGUGGUGGAAGCAUAUUGAUCAAGAAUCUGGACAAGGCAAUUGAUGACAGGGCACUGCAUGCUAUAUUUUCUGCAUUUGGAAACAUUCUUUCUUGCAAGGUGGAAACAGAUGCCUCUGGUCAGUCCAAGGGGUAUGGACAUAUAGAAUAUGACAGCGAGGAAGCUGCGCAGGAGGCUAUUGAGAAGGUCAUGGCACCGAGCAAGCUGCACAGGAGGCUAUUGAGAAGGUCAAUGGCAUGCUGUUGAACCACAAGAAAGUGUAUGUACGACCUUUUGUCAGCAAGCAAGAAAAGGACAUGGCAAAAUCCACUAAAGUCUAUGUGGCGAACUUAUCUGAAUCUACAACCAAAGAGGAUCUUAGGGAAGUUUUUUGUUAUUUUGGAAAAAUAGCUAGCACUGUUGUUGUGAGAGAUGAAGAUGGAAAAUCAAAGUGUUUUGGAUUCAUCAACUUUAAGGAUGCCGAUGAUGCUUCUUGGAGUAUAGAAGUGCUUAAUGGCCACAAAUUUGAUAACAAAGAGUGGUGUGUGAGAAGAGCUCAGAAGAAAAGUGUUAAAAGAGCUCAAGAAUAAAUUUGUGGAUGAAUCUGUUCCGUCGUCCACUGCUAAUGCAUCCGAAUAAAAAAAAGCUGGGAAUGUGGUUUCUGGGAAGAAAAUUAUUGGAAAACCAAAGAAGUAAUCUGUGGAUGAAUCUGUUCCUUCUUCCACUGCUAAUGAAACUGAGUCAAAGAAAGCUGUGGAAGCAGUACAGAAGGGAUACAGAGGAAAUAUCAGAGUACUCUAUGUGGACGAUAAGGGGGUCGCCCAUUUCAAGCUCAAAAGUCCAUGAUUUCGUAGCAAGAAAAAACGGUUCUUGACUUGAUAUGAUGUUGCAACUGUAUAGGUGAAUAUGCAAAAGCUUGAAAUUCUGUUUAGUGCAUUUACGUUGGAUAAUUAGGUUAUGAUAACAACAUAUCUAGUUACAUUGUGUUUGAGACUUUGAGUAUUGC